AUGGCUUCUUUAGGGUUGCAGAUUCUGGGUGUUGGGCUGGCUGUGCUUGGAUGGAUUGGAAACAUACUGAUCUGCAUGCUGCCCUUGUGGAAGGUAUCUGCUUUCAUUGGAAAUAACAUUGUUGUGGCUCAAACCAUCUGGGAAGGACUCUGGAUGAGCUGUGUGGUGCAAAGCACUGGCCAGAUGCAGUGCAAGGUCUACGAUUCCCUGUUGGCCCUGCCUCCAGACCUCCAGGCAGCUCGAGCCAUGAUCGUCAUCUCCAUCCUGUUUUCUUUGUUUGGCCUGCUGCUUUCUGUGGUUGGAGGUAAAUGCACCACCUGUGUUGGGGACAAAAUGGCAAAAGCUAGAGUCGCCAUCUCUGCUGGCUUUUUCUUCAUCCUGAGUGGGGCUCUGUGUCUUGUGACUGUAUCUCUGCCUGCCAAUACCAUCGUAAAGGACUUUUACAACCCCAUGGUUCCAGAUGCUCAGAGGAGAGAGCUGGGACUGCGUGGUUGCACCAUGGCAUCUUUUGGACUUGAGCUGGCCGGCAUCACCUUGGCAGUGUUGGGGUGGGCUCUCACUGUGACCAGCUGUGCCCUUCCAAUGUGGAGGGUCUCGGCCUUUAUUGGCGCCAACAUCGUCACUGCUCAGGUGUACUGGGAGGGUCUGUGGAUGAGUUGUGUGGUCCAGAGCACGGGUCAGAUGCAAUGUAAAAUCUACGACUCGAUGCUGGCUUUACCUCAGGACCUCCAGGCUGCCAGGGCACUCACAGUUGUUGCCAUCCUAGUGGGGUUGAUUGCUCUCCUAAUUGCCAUGGUGGGAGCCAAGUGCACCAACUGUAUCGAGGAGGAUGGGGUUAAAGCCAAGGUGAUGAUCUCUUCUGGAGUGGCGUUCAUCAUAGCAGGUCUGGCUCAACUAGUGCCUGUUUCCUGGUCAGCAAACACCAUUGUCGUUGAGUUCUACAGUCCAAUCAUCCCUGCUGGGCAGAAGAUGGAGAUCGGGGCAUCACUGUAUGUGGGAUGGGCUGCCUCAGCCCUGCUGGUGACUGGGGGCGCUAUCCUCUGCUGCAGUUGCCCUCCAAAGGAAGACAAACCACUGAAGUAUAACAUACAGCCCCAGAGUCGUGCAGCAUACUCAGCCGCUCCGAUGUCAGCAGCUCAAAGCUCCUAUACUAGAAGGGACUAUGUGUGA